GGCAAAGGUGGGUCAGCCUUCACCAUCCUUCGCAUCAAUUGCGUCUUCCCAAAUCCAGCCUGGUUCUUCCCUUCAUCUCCCCCGUCCAUUCUUUCUCUGAUAGAGAUUCUUCAUCUCACACCCCGGAACCACCAAAUACAUACUGCAAAAAGAAGCAAAUUUCCCUUGCAUUUCUCAUUCAUGUUCCAGAUCUCAACUCAUCUGAUCUGCCACUUUCAUUUCGCUUCAUAACAUAUUCACUGGGUAGGUCAUCGUCUCGUUUUGAAGAGAAAAUAAAUGGGGCCUUCAUUGAAACUGGUUGGCUUGGUGGUAAUGCUUCUGGCAGCAGCGGCUGCGUCUGUGAGUGGUGAAACGGAGCAGCUUACAAAAACGCCUCCGAAGUUUGUUGAGGUGAAGCACGGAGUUAAGAGGUGCCGGAAAGAUUGGGAGUGCCCUCAGACCUCCCAGUUCUGCUGUAAUUUGACCAUCACCGACUUCUUCGAUGCCUACCAGUUUGAGAAUCUCUUCUCCAAGAGAAACUCCCCCGUUGCUCACGCCUCCGGCUUCUAUGAUUACAAAUCUUUUAUCAUUGCCUCCACGGACUACCAGCCAAAAGGAUUCUGCACAACUGGCGGCAAGAAAAUGCAGAUGAAGGAACUCGCCGCUUUCCUUGGCCAUAUUGGUAGCAGAUCUUCAUGUGGUUAUAGUGUGGCUGCUGGAGGACCAUUGGCUUGGGGCCUAUGUUAUAAUAGGGAGAUGAGUCCUAUGCAAGACUACUGUGAUGAAAGCUACAGUUUGACAUACCCCUGUUCUCCUGGAGCUCAGUAUCAUGGCCGUGGUGCCAUGCCUCUUUACUGGGGAACUUCAAUUACGGACGCGUAGGUGAAGAACUAAACGUUGACCUCUUGAACCACCCUGAAUACAUUGAACAAAACGCCACCUUGGCUUUCCAGGCUGCGAUGUUGAUGUGGAUGAAGCCACUUCGUAAGGGGAAGCCUUCAGCUCAUACUAUUCUUGUCAACAGUUGGAAGCCAACCAAGAACGACACUCUAGAAAAGAGAGUUCCUGGUUUUGGUUCUACCAUGAACAUACUCUAUGGUGAUGAAGUAUGUGGAAAAGGUGAGGAUAAUGAUGCCAUGAACAACAUCAUCUCCCAUUACCUGUAUUACCUCGACUUGCUGGGUGUUGGUCGUGAAGAAGCAGGGCCCCAUGAAUUCCUGACCUGUGCUGAGCAGAAAGCAUUUUAUCCAUCCUCCACAACCUCUUCUUCUUGAGGCAUGCGUGUUCAGUGUAAAACAGCAUAAUUCAAUAAGGGGAGCAGUUAAGGUUUCACCUUCUUACACCUUUCGUUUAUGCUCCUGCUCUAUACUCACUCAUGAAGCACUCUCUAUAUGCAUUACACCUGGGAUCAAAGUAUCAUAUGUAUUGAUGUUGCUGUUCUUGUGGGCUUGCAGUUGCCCUAUUGUUUUUCUGGAUUUGUGUGUGCUUUCAUAGUUCGUGUAUCUGUGUAUGAUUUAGUAGUGAGGGUUGGCGUAUUUUAUGUACUAUAAAAAGAAUACACAUAAACCUAUGACCUAUCAAUUGUGAAGACUUGAAGCUUGUGCGUUAUUUUGGAUAUCAUUUUUUUCUCUUAAAGCUGUGUGUCUUAACUAUUUCGGCUAUUAGCCUAGGUACGACUAAAAGUAUUCUUAAAUGCAAUAGGAUUACAAUUUUUUUAUUUCCAAGUAAUGUAUGUCCAUUCUUCAUAUUCUAUCAUUCCUAUAAUUUCUAAAAGAUUUAUUUUAUUAAUAAAAAAAUCAUAGUUUUAUUUAUAAUAAAAAUAUAAAAGAAAUAAAAAUUUAUGAAUAAAUAAUAAAAAAAGGAAAAAUAAAAUAAAUUGAACUAAAAAUAAAAAAUACAAAAAAAAUUAUUUUCAAAACUUUAAAAAGUCUAUAAAAAUCCAAAAAAAUUAAAAUAAAAUUCCUAAAAAUCAUUUAAAAAUAUGUAGGCCACUGAGACAACUCAGAUCACUUGAAGAAAAUGUAAUUCUUGUUUGAAGAAAUGCCACAUUUCUCCAAAUAUGUCAUUAAGAUGAAAUUUUUACUCUUUGAAAAUAUGUCACAUACUUGGCAUUCUUUUUCGGCAACUGGAGGUGGAGGUGGCGGUGGCAGAAUGUGACUAAGGCUUGUAUAUUUUUUAUUUAUUUUUUACAUAUUUUUCAAUAAUUUAUAUUUGAUUAUUACUACUAUUAUUUAAAAAUUUCUAUCAAGAAUGACAAGGGAAAGGAUAGAAUAGAAGAAGUUAGUCCUGUUUUGGGAAUUUAAACUUUUAGGGUCUGGUUUACUAAUAAAGAUAUUUUACAAGUUUUCUGAAAACUGCAAAAAGGAAAACAGAAAACGUGUUUACUGAAUAAUUUGCAAGAAAACUAAAGAAGGAAAAACAGAAAAUGUGUUUACCAAAUCAUUUUCCAAAGCCAAAAAAAAUGAGAUGUCACUGUUUUCCUUAAUGAGUUUGUGAAGUGAGUUUUACUAGUUUUCCAAACGUGUUUAAUGAAUUUGCAUACUUACGCCUAGGGGUGAAUCUGGUCCCGAUCCCGCUCCGAUGUUAGUUCCGUCUGGUCCGAUCAACGACCCGGUGGUCUCUAUUUGGUUUGAUCAAUAACUCGGGGAUCUAGGUCGGUCAAUGACCCGGUGGUUCCUCUCUGGUCUGAUUAAUGAUCUGGCGGUACUUGUGUGGUCUGGUCGAUGGUUGGAUCAGCUUGGUCUGAUCUGGUCAACGACCUGAUGAUCCUUGUCCGGUCAAGUCAAUGACCCAGCGGUCCCUUUCUAGUAUGGUCAAUGACCAUGUGUUACCUAUUAUGUCUGGUCGAUCGAUGGGUAGUCCCGGUUAGAUUCAAUUUGGUCAGUGGCUCGACGGUCCCUAUUUGAUCCGGUCAAUGACCCUUCCCGUCUUGUCCGGUUAAUAACCUAAUGGUCUUUGUCCGGCCCGGUCGAUGGCCUGACGGUUCGGUUCUCGUUUUUAUAUCAUUUUUUAAAGUGAAGAGUUUCAAAAGAGUCGUUGAGUUGCGAGGCAAUAGUGAAAAGGCAAAAGAAUUAGUUAAACUAGCCAUUGAGACCGA